AUGCUUGCCGUGAAGUACCUUCUCAAACUGUACGAGACGCCCCCGGAGAAUGGACACAUCUCCGCGUUUGACACGUAUGGUAAUACAGUUUUCGCCGGCACUGACAGCGGUGUGUUGAUGAGGUUCGUAGUAGAGGGAGCGACCUCACCCGAGAUUGUACCAACGGAGGGCUCGCUCUCCGGUGACGCGAGGGACAGGCAUAUCAGUGGAGGAAAUAGUGCUCGCAGUGCCGAAGCGGGAGGUGUUGGUGAGGAACAGCAAGCACAUGAGGAAAUGCAUGCCGAUGAUUUUCACGCAGUUUCACAACUCGAGAAGAUAUACACCACGCUUGUGCAUCACGUCGUCGUGUCGGAAACCCAGAGAAGAGUUGAGCGUAUCCAGCACAGCAGAACACACAACAUUUUGUUUGUGCUUUGCGAACACAGGCUUCUGGUGCUUAACUCGAUAACCUUUGAACACAUCUACACAGUUUCUGAUUACGUGGGUACGUUUUUUGUUUCGGAUUCGCGGCAGACAAGCUCCCAGCGCGUGGGGCGGCACGUGAUUUGCACAACGGAACCCCACGGAAGGGAGCUUAGGGUAUAUGAAUUUGACAUAGCGCAGAACAAACAUGUGCGACCGAUGGCUCCACAUAAGGUGAUGCUUCAUGAGCAGGCACAGACACUAGUCACGUACGGCAAUAUGGUUUGCGUGGGAAUGCGGAGAGGCGGAUAUCGCUUGCUGUCGUUACCUGACGGAAACACAUGUAGUGUACUUCCGCUUUCUGGAGAUAUGCAGCCGUUACUGGCGGUGGGCGACGGCGAGGUCUUCAUGCGCUAUGAUCAUUCUAUUUUUUCAGUUUCGAUGCGCUCCAUGCCUUCUGGCCGCGUGCUUGGACGCACUAUUCAGCUCGAGGAUGAGGUCCGUCAUAUGAUUGCAAGACACCCGUUUUUGUUUGCCUUCACUGAAAGUUACUGCGAUGUCUACUCCCUCUACGAUGAUGACGUAUCGGAGCGCUUGCCCAUGAGCGGAUGCCUCUUCGGCUCGCAGCUUGGUGGAGGGGAUUUCCUUUACGCUGCCAGCGCAACAAAAAUAUGGAUGGCUGGGUUGCAUCCCCUGCGUCACCAGUUAGCCGACCUGGUUGAGCGGUUCAAGGUGGAAGAAGCUUUUCAUCUGCUUAGCACUCAACGCUCGCGGAACUCCCUUGAUUGGCAGGCGAUCGAAUUGGAGCUUCAUGUUAUGGUAGGCUUCGCUUACCUUCACCGUUGCCGCCCGAAGGAGGCAAUGUUACAUUUUAACGAUCACAUAGAUCCAAGAGACCUACUUUUACUCCUCCCAGAGUGUAUACCUCCAGGCCCCGAUGAGUAUAGUUCCGAGUUGCGGGGGUUGCUAAAGGGGGACUGCGUUGGGGAGACAAGAACGUCGUCGGAUGGCGUUGAUUUUGCAUCAAAGGACGAGGAUGUGGUGAAUGUACCGGUCGGGGGAAAUAAUGUUGAGCCGUUACUCGCAAAAUGCGGACCAGACAUUGGAUGUUGGGACGGUGGAUUCUGGGAGGAGUGGAGUGGUUGCUGCCCAUAUAAUACCUACAUUGGAGAAUUGGAGAAGGCCUGGUUGGAGACAUUUGAGACUUUUCCUACAGUUCCGCGGAGCACCGACCAGGCAGACGGGGUAAUCCACCGACAGGUUAUGGAGUGGGGUUGCAUUACCGCGGAAGGGUUUCUCGAGCGCUCAUGGGAAGCACUAAAGGACGAACUUGUAGUGUAUUUCCGCUCACGUCUGGAUCAAGCAUCGCCCGUCCAUGCCCGUCCAAUGGAGUACGCCCUGCUGGUGCUUGCGCUUGAGGCUCGCGACCAUCGGGAGGCCUAUCAGAUUGUAGUCAAGAGCUCAUCCUUGAGCGUGGAAGACUGCUACGACCUACUCUGUUCGUUGCACGAGUAUCGGCUGUUGGCUUGUCUUCUGUACUGCCGCGGGUACACACAGGAUGCCGAUCGAUUGCUGAGGCAACGUGUGUGCGUCUCAAGUCUGCUCCCUCCGUGGCUGCCGGGACGGUGUAACAAUAGCAAACAAUCCCCGGCGUACAUGAAUGUGCCCGCGGCUUUACACAGUCAGCUAACCCGCCUCCUAACGCCACUUCCUAAGAACGAAUGUCUCGUUGUAGCUGAUUUAUCCAGUCCUAGAGGAGCACACUCGCCUAACGACGUGGACGAAACCCAUACCAUAAACCUGCCUUUGUCACUUUCGUUGCCUAUGUACCUCGUUAGUCAUUUAAACAUUCCCGCCCUGCAGGAGUUGUUGGCUGAGGAUCCAGAUGCUGCAGUGAUCACUGAUGAGGAGGGUUGUACGCUGCUGCACGUACUUUUCAGCCUUUUCAUUUCGGUGAGGGACCUUACAGAAGGCGAAGCCAUGACGAAAGGUAGUGCGCUAGUCGGUUUGGUGUUGUCAUGUGCGGUGCUGCUUCUGGACCAUGGCGCGGAUGUCGCCGCGCCGAAUGUUCAUGGUAUUACUUGUUUGGACGUACUUGCCAUCGCCGCAGGUGGCGUUUUUUUUGACAUUGUUGUUUCCGCGUUGCUGGCAGACCGUGAUGUUAGGAAGGCAGCUGCAUUUACCAACAAGGAUGACAAUACGUUGGUGAACGGCUUCAUCCCCAUCGCAUAG